AGUCACGGAACAGAUUGUCAUGCAGAGUCGCCGGCUGGUAGAGUUCAGUGUUUCAAAGUGGCUAAAAUUGACCCAGUUUCACCUUUUUACCCCACUCUUUGGUUGGAGAAAGCAACUUUGCAAUGGGAAAACCCACAAGAAGUACGAAAAACGAGCCUUUAGGCUGUAAAUAUCUACUUUUGUGCGUUUCGAAAUUGGAAGUGUUUACACAAUUACCGUCGGCCUACAAUGAAAAUUCCUGAACUUCGAUGGUGUCUUACAGAGAUUUCCUUUAAUAACCCAAGCCAAUUCCCAGGUAUGUUUUAAAUGAAUGUCUAAAUGUGUGAUUUAAAUAGCACGAAGAGAAUUUGGAGUUAUGCCACGUGUUAAAUAUUGCUGUCGAAAAUGAGUAACGAACUUAAGUUUUUUAGUUUUUUUUUUAGUUAUUUCAGUACGACGAGCUUCGCUAUUGCCCUCAAAGUAUCUUUUAGUGGAAGAAGAAGAAUUUUUCUCUUCAUUGAAAGUGUCCAAAUUUCUCCAUGCGGCUUCGUUUGCGAACGUGAGGAAAGUUGAUGUUAGCGAAUUUCAGUUUAAAAAUUAGGGCAGUCAGAGACUCCGACAUCGAAAACCGAUCUUUUAAUUUUUUUCACAAAUAAAAGGCUUUUGGCAGGAACAAUCCACAUUAGGUUUCUUAUCUACCCAACAGCUAUCUAUGAACAAAAAAUGAAAGAAAUUGAUUUUUCACCUCUUGCCACGAAAUUAAGAUUUUGGUCGAUUUUUCCUGACCGUCGCUCUUAAACAUAACUUGAAUUGGUCUGACAAAGUCUGUAACGAAGAAGUAUUGAAGCGUGUCGGUGAGGAGAGGGCCAUCAUAUCUGUUAUGACAGAUAUUAUGACAGAUAUUAUGACAGACAGCGAGUCUGGCUUGGUCAAACCCUACUACAUGGUGAUAAUUUCCCAUUAGUUAUUGAGGGAAGAAUACCAGGAAAGAGACCACCUGGAAGACCUCGAGCGGGAAUGCUGGAUAGAGUGAAGGAUGGCAGCUCUUACGUAGCGGUCAAGAGGCGUGCUUUAGAUCGAGAACCAUACAGCUAUUUCGAGAAAGGUUGUCGGAAAAAGUGCGCGCGACAAUCCCGAAAGUUAUUGUGGGUGAUUUUGAGGUCACUGUUCUUCAAAGAAAGUCAGAAUAGAAUGGCACGAGAGGCCAUGGACAUAUGUUUGCAAGUGCUAAAGGAAAGCAACAAAAGUAGGUUCGACAGCCACAAAGUCAGGAACAGUGUAUUGAUCAUAUCCCAUAUUACCUGUCGGGAUUGUCGCGUGGACAUUUUUUCCGACAACCUUUCUCGAAAUAGCUGUAUGCAUAAGGAAGGACUUGCCUGUGGGCAGAUCAAAUAGCCUGUUGAAAAGUGGAAACAAAAGGGCUUUUACAUCUCAUUUUGUAUUCGAAACAGAAAUGAUGCGAUAUAAAGCAAGGUGCGACGGUGCGACGUGGUUUAGAACAUAAAUAACGCGAUUUAGAACAGAUAUGAUUGUGUGAUUCGUAAAUAAAUCACACUGCUGAGAGCCAAUCAGAUUGCAGGGAUCACCAGCGAUUUCAAAAUGAAAAAUAAGAAAAGCCUAAAAAUCUUUGAUAAGACAACAUUGAUCUUUAUUUUGUUAUUUUAGGGGGUACUCCAUACCCUGGAAUAAGCCCUAUGAGGCUAUGCAGUUUACUUAAAUCUGGAUAUCGGAUGGAGAAACCCCACACGUGCAGCGAUGAAAUGUAAGUCAGAAUAGAAAUAGUAAAAGACCUCCGAAUAGAGGGCACGAUGAAGAAAUAUACACAUAGUACUUCAAAGAGUUUUUUUUUUCUAAAAUUGUCAGCCUUUUCCAAGGAGUGGAAACUUCAGCGCGCCUCUUUCCUUUCCGUUGCCCCAUUCUAAAAAGAGCCUAUAGAACAUAAGUGUCUUCAAUAUUCAAAGUAAAUGGAGACAUAUCUUUGUGUAGCGGUAUUUUAAACUAUGUCUUCCUUUUUCAAUAGCUACAAAUUGACGAUGGACUGCUGGAAGGAGGAUCCAAAUGAACGACCCUCAUUCGUUCAACUAAUACCGAUACUGGAAGAGAUGAUGACAGAAGAUACCCCUUACUAUUAUUUCAGACUACUGGAUCAGAACCAGCCAUGUUACCGUGAGACAUCCGCCACUAACACCAGUAAAGCUAGUACUCUUGAUACGAAGCUGUAA